AAUGUCUACCUUUGCGUCAGUUCAUAUUGGUAUUAGCUCAGUUUUGUAGUAUACGACGGGUGUUUGUGAUGAUUUGGCGGCAACUGAGUGUUGUUAUAUUUGCAUUGCCGUUGGCACUCUGCGCCACAGCUGAAGCUAUCGAUGAGAUCGAAGUAGAACGAUUUUGUUAUCCUGAGCAACAUAAGAACAGCCGCAAAUCUUGUGAGUGUAAUAAUGAAGAUUCGCCGCCGUGGGGAAUACGCGCCAUAAACAUAGAUUGCAGCUAUAAAGUGUUGAAGACAGCCGACUUUUCGGAAGUGCUGCCGCUCUAUGUGAAUACUUUGGACUUGUCGUGGAACUCAAUGGAUGAAGUACCCACAUUGGCUAGUGACAGUUUGCGUGUGUUGAAUGUGAUGCACAAUAACAUUACCGCAUUAACCAACAAAAAGUUUGUGAAGGUUUCUAAUCUCCGGGAACUCUACUUGGGAUGGAAUAGCAUACAAUCAAUUGAGUUGAGCUCUUUCGACGAGCUGGCCCACUUGCAAGUGCUGGAUUUAUCACACAACAAUGUACACACGCUAGGCCUACAAUUGUUCCAUUCAUUAAUUAUACUAGAGACUUUGGAUCUGUCAUGGAAUCGUCAGUUGAACCAAACUGAGGGAAUACAAGAACAGGACUUUUAUCGCAGUUUUGGUGUGAAUCCAAAACUAAAAACUUUGCGUAUGCAAGCCUGUAGUUUAAGAGAUCUGGUUUUACCCGAAAAGGCGCCACUCGUCAGAUUAGAUUUGCGGCGCAAUAUGCUGGAGAAAAUUCCAAACAAGCUUCCAAUUACUUUGGAAAUCCUUGAUAUCAGUGCGAAUUUAUUCCAGCAGAUUUCGCCAGUCAUUACGGCAAAUUUGUCCUCCACAUUGAGUGAGCUGUUAGUGGAGGAUAUGCCGCGUCUGCAGUCUGUCGAAGAGAAAGCUUUCGAAACAAUGACUGGACUGAAAAAAAUUAGUUUUCAGAACAGUCGCCGUUUGACUAAGUUCAGCGGCAACGCAUUUGGUUCUGAUGUUGGUCGCUUUCCAGAGUUGGGAACACUUAUUUUUCGUGGCACUUCAAUUGGCGCAUUUAAUGCUACUUUGGAGCCUAUUUUCAAACAACUUACCGAAUUGGAUUUCAAUGGUGUGCCGCUUAUCUGCGACUGCGAAUUAGUCUGGAUCAAAGAGGUGGAAUUAGAAACCAAUGGCCGUUGCUAUAAUCCCUCGCGCUUGAGGGGAGAGACCCUAACGAAUGCCGAUAAAUCCGACUUCAGUUGCCCCCACUGGCCUCAUUGGGUCGGUGGGCUCUUAAUUUUUGGGCUUAUAUUGAUAUGUGCCGCGGGCAUUUAUGUAGUGGUUAUGUGUCUGCGCCCGAACAGGGGAGGGGUUACGCUGCGUCGUAAGGUGGGCUCGGGCAGCCCUUAUGCCAGAGUUACCAUCGAACCAAAUAGGCAGGAAAACUAUUAUUGAUUCUUUCUAUUGCUAAUUUCAGUACAUAUAAACACAAACACUUGUAAAAAUAAUUGUUUAUAUAUAUGAAUCUGUAAGGUAUGAUAUAUAAUAUGUGUUUAGUUAAGUGUUAGUUUACUAAAUUAAAAUUAUAGUAUGAGUGCGAUCUGAUCAAAUAAUAUAUGUAUUUAUUUCGAAA